AGACGUGCAAUUUUGCAAGCGGCCUGGUUGGACUGCUAGGCGCGGGCGGCAGCUGCUCCUCCUCCUUGGGGGCGGGGAGAAGGCCGGGCCAAGAUGGCCGCUCCCGGUUUCCUCCCGCCGCUCUCGAUGGACUUGCUGCAGGCACACAUUAAGAUUGAAAACGACGACGACGUGGAGUUCGUGUCCAUAAGCCACAAAGAAGUGGACGAGAAUGAAUCGUUGGUGGCCAUCAGAAAAUCGAUGAAAACGAAAAAGCACCGCUACAACGGCUCUCUGGUGCACCUGACCCGGAGAUUCAUGGAUCUCAUCCGAGCGGCUCCAGAAGGGGUCCUUGACUUAAAUGAGGUCUCCCGCGUGAUGGGGGUGCGCAAACGGAGGGUCUACGAUAUCACGAAUGUCUUGGAUGGGAUACAGCUUAUCCAGAAAAGAUCCAAGAACCUCAUCCAGUGGGUUGGAACGGAUAUUAAACGGAUUCCUAGAACGACACCAGAGGAUCAAAAGCUACAAGAGGAACUUUAUGACUUAGCAGCAAUGGAAGCCGCGUUGGAUGAAUUACUCAAGGAUUGUGCUCACCAAUUGUUUGACCUCACAGAUGACAAGGAAAAUGCAAGUCUCGCUUAUGUGACCUAUCAGGAUAUCCAUAGCAUUCAAGCAUUUCAAGAACAAGUUGUUAUUGCCAUCAAGGCUCCAGAAGAAACCAAAAUGGAGGUACCAACUCCUAAAGAGGACUGCAUAGAAAUACGCCUACGGAGCACCAAGGGACCCAUUGACAUCUAUUUAUGUGAGGUGCCACUGGAGAAUCCAGAUGGGGACGCUCUGAAAAACAGAGGUAGCCUGUCGCGUGAAACUAAAUAGGUGGAUGCAAGCUGGAGUGGCGAGUUACCUGAGGAAUGCAAGAACUAAUUACCACAGGCAUUGGAUUUCUGCACUUCAGCUUAAUCUGCUUCCCAGGAUUUACUUAAGGGCCAAUGCAGAAAAACAGUCCCUCAACUACACCUAAGAGAUCAGGAACAGCCUACGGCAUGGCGGACUCUUCUCCCCAGAGCAAAGACCCAGCCUCCAAGUACUUUGGCACAGAAAUAGAAGCCAAGAGCACCCUUGCACCUCUCUCAGCCCAACUGAUGUUUGCUAGAAUGGGACUUUAAAAAAAGAAGAAGAAAGAAAUGCACCUUUAAAUUUUGAAGUGGCACUCUUGCCAGCAGGAAUUAGCAGCGCGAUACUGACAUGUAGAGAAUUUGGAAAUGCAAAUAUGCCGCAGAGGACGGGAGCACAGCAACCCAACUUAAAACAAACCAUACAAUAUUCGAUGUCUGUGUGAUCGGUAUUGAACUGUGGUGGUAAAUCCUUGCUUCGAUUGUGUAUAUAUAUAUGUGCAUCGUGCUUACACAGCCACUAAGGGAAAUUCUGGAAGGGCAAAACUGUACAGUAAUGGAAAUAAACUUGUAAAUAUAGAAAGUG